GAAGAAGUCGCGUCAUUGAUUUUCCGCCACCGUUACUGCUGCACUCCCCUGUCACUUGCCCCUCCAAGCAAAGGCGCUAAGCUCCACUGACCCGGUUGCGUCACUGUGGUUGGGUGCCUGUCUUUGGUGUCUGUCUGUGCUUCACUUUCACCUUCAACUUUCGCCUUGCAACUUGAAGGUCACAUCUCAACCACGACAAGGUCGAUUUCUUUCAAGCGCGUUGCCGCUAUAAGCUGAAAGAACAACGGCACUGAACAGCUCACUAUCCAGCUCACGUCAUCAGCUUGAGAUCAGUGACUAUUUAGCCCCGAUACUCUCCCCGCUGUUGUCAUAGCGGGGCAUCAACUCUCCUCGCCCAAGCUACACCGAACCUUACGAUAUCACAUCAAUCAACUUCGUGUUCGACCCCGAACCCUCUUCUUACUUCGAUACUCUCGAUACUCUAAAAUUCCACCAAACACGACAGCCUGACACCCCCUGCCCUGCCAGGAGAGUCGCCAGCCAUGGACGACAACAUCUCCACAUUCAUGUCCAUUACGGGCACAAGCACUGAUGUCGCCCGGAGCUUUCUCGAGAUGACUGCGGGUAACUUUGAGCGUGCCAUAGGACUCUUCUUCGAGAACCCCGAUCUCGUUUCCGGUGUGGGAGCUGGCCUUUCUUCAACCGACCAGCCAGCAGCUGCCCCUGCGACAACAGCAGCAACCAGAGGCAACAUUGGCAGACAAGAUUCGGCGGGCGUUAUUCACAUCGAUAGUGACGAUGACCAGGAUAUGCAACUCGAAGACUUUAGCGACAAUGAUGAUGAUAAUGAGAGAGCCGUCGCAGCUCAAGCGGCAGCUCUAGCCCAGGAAGAAGAAGAUAUGGCAAUGGCAAAGCGAUUACAGGAGGAGCUAUACCAAGGCAACCAAGGGUCUGGAUCAGGAGGAAACCCAGAUGAUGUCCGGGCACCUAUCGCGCGGACUACUGAGACCCUGGUGGCACCCGGAUGGGGUGGUGGUGAGCACGAUGAUGGAAUGGAGGCAGCUUUUCUAGAAGAGUUGAGACGCAGGCGGCGGGCAAAUCCACCCAAUCGUGCGGGAGGACCAUUCUCCCAGCAAAUAUGGGCCGACCCUGAACGCCGCCCAGCUCAGCCAGCCGAGAAUGGAGCCCAUGCAAGGCGUCUUGAAGAUUUGUUUCGACCACCUUACGAUCUGAUGGCGCGCAUGUCUUGGGAUGACGCCCGUACACUAGGCAAGGAAGACAAGAAGUGGAUCUUGGUUAAUCUCCAAGACAUGAACGACUUUAACUGCCAGGCCCUAAACCGCGACAUUUGGAAGGACGAAGCUAUCAAAUCUCUGGUCUCAGAGAACUUCAUAUUUCUACAGUAUGACAAGGACUUCCCGGAUGCUGAGGAGUUUGUGACAUUUUAUUUCCCCAACCAAACCCACGAGAACCCUGAUAACUACCCACAUGUCUCGAUCAUCGACCCCCGAACAGGCGAGCAAGUCAAGGUUUGGACCGGGCGACCUUUCCCUUCCGCGCAAGACUUCCAUGCCGAACUCGCCGAGUUUCUCGACCGCUACAGUCUCGCGGCCAAUAGCAAGAACCCGGUUGCGAAGACGACAGCACGAAAGCCACAGAGAGUGGAUGUCGAUCGCAUGACUGAGGAUGAGAUGCUUGAAAUGGCUUUGAAAAACAGUCUGGAGGGUGCUACAGGAAGCGGAGGCUCCUCAACACCCAACCUCCAUGACCCCGAUGCUUUAACCAAAGACCCUGGCCCCGAGGAGGGUAAAGGAAAGGAACCUGAAGCCCCGGUUGAACAAAGUCCUUGGGCUCAAAUUUCGAGCAUCACCCCACAUACCGAACCAGAGGCUAACCCAACAACUACUACACGCAUUCAAUUCCGACACCCUACCGGCCGUGUCAUUCGACGAUUCAACCUUGAUGAUCCAGUCCGCAGAAUCUAUGAAUGGCUCAAGGCUGAGCCACUGGAAGGCAAAGAAGGGAUCGAAUUCGAGCUUAAGAAAAUGCCUGCUGGCCAGGAUCUCAUCGAGAGCCUGGACACGACCGUUGCAGAUGCAGGUCUGAAGCAAGGGACAGUCAUGAUUGAGUUCAUUGAGGACUGAGCUGGUGACUGAUUGAAUGAUUUCCUUUUAUGCGGGAUUACAGCAAACUUUGUAGAUAGAUCAGUAUCGGAGCCAUCGGAGUGAAUUGGACUGGCUGCAGCCAGUGGAAUAUGCGGAUUCUGAGUCCUUGUGGCAUCAUUGCUAUUGGAAUUGAUUUACCUUUAUCAUGAGGAGGGCGUGGGAGGUUACUAUCUUUAGACAGCUCAUCGAAGUCACGCAUGAGAAAUGACACUUGAAAGCAAUGGAACUGUGCAAAUGCCAUGCUCGCAUUCUGUGCCUGGCCAUGUAUGACAAGGCUAAUUUAACACCAAUGAAAGUAAUCGCAAUGUAAUUUUAUCUACCAAGCUAAUGUGAUCGCGUCAGCUUGUUCCUGAUCCC